UCGGCCAAGAUGGCGCAGCAAGUCAACCUCUCGGAGCUGUCCCUGCCUCAGCUGGAGGUGCUGAAGAGCCAGCUGGACCAGGAAGUGGAGUUCCUUUCUUCCUCCAUUGCUCAACUGAAGGUGGUACAGACAAAAUACGUGGAAGCGAAGGACUGUUUGACUGUAUUGAAUAAAAGCAAUGAAGGUAAAGAGCUGCUUGUCCCACUCUCCAGUUCCAUGUAUGUCCCUGGGAAGCUCUCUGACGUUGGCCAGGUGCUAAUAGACGUGGGGACCGGCUACUACGUAGAAAAGUCCGUGGAAAACGCCAGAGACUUCUUCAAGAGGAAGAUCGAUUUCCUGACGAAACAGAUGGAGAAAAUCCAACCAGCGCUGCAGGAGAAACACGCAAUGAAGCAAGCCGUGGUGAUGAUGAGCCAGAAGAUUCAGCAGCUCACGGCAGUGGGGGCUUCCCAGACAACGGCAGCGAAGGCCUAGCAUGCACCAAGCC